AUGGUUAACAAUCGUCCCUUCACAACGGGCGCGACAGAAAGAACUGCCGUUAAGCUUGCACACCAAAAUAUUCCGGGUAGGAGGGUAUACCAAAGAGAAUGGGCGAAGACACAAGAAAAGGAUCUUAUUACUGAAUCUCUUCUAAAGGGCGGCAGGAAGGUUUUGAAGAAAACGGGAGAUACGAUACUAUUGAAAAACCUUGUGGCUACUACAUGGUUCAUCUCGAUUGAGCAGAGACGGCAUCCGGAAGCUCUUGCAUCUUCACCGACCUAUCGCUUAUGGCAACGUGAAAUAGACCCCAAGGAAAUUCCCGAGUCUGAUCUACCGGCAGGAAGGUCUGGAAAAAAGGAAGAUAAGAUUGCAAUUGGGACACUUGACGCUUACUCGUUUAUUAUUAAGCGAGUGGCAGACCAAGCUCUUGAUCUUCACCGACUAGUGCAUCUCGCAACGAGAAAUUGGCUUCAGCAAAAUGAUCUGAUCACCCAAUGGACCGAAAGGGCGAUUAUACGAUUAGAGGAAGUAUUCCCAAACGAUGACCACCAAAAUAGAACUACAUGGAGGACGUAUUUGCCACAUGUAUGUUAUGCGCUAAUGUCUGAUGAAGCUGGCAAAGAUAGGGAAACCAGGAUUGCUCUGUCGCGGAGAUUUGGGGCGUGUCUCCUUAGUGAUGGACGAUAUAAUGAGGCUGAGGUACCGUUUGUGGAAGUAAUGGAGAGGCACAAGAGUGUUUUCGGGGAGGAGCAUCCUUCCACACUGACCAGCAUGGCCAACUUGGCUUCGACAUACCGGAAUCAGGGACGCUGGAAGGAGGCCGAAGACUUGGAGGUGCAAGUGAUGGAGACGAGAAAGAGGGUGUUAGGGCAGGAGCAUCCAGACACGCUGACCAGCAUGGCCAACUUGGCUUCGACAUUUUGGAAUCAGGGACGCUGGAAGGAGGCCGAAGACUUGGGGGUGCAAGUGAUGGAGACGAGAAAAAGGGUGUUAGGGCAGGAGCAUCCAGACACGCUGACCAGCAUGGCCAACUUGGCUUCGACAUUUUGGAAUCAAGGACGCUGGAAUUAA